AUGGCGGCGGCGCUGCUGCACGUCCUGGGCUCGUGGAGCAGCGCCGACCGGUGGGUGGGAAACAGCAGCUCCCGCUCCAACACCAGCACCGACACCAGCUCCCGCUCCCGCUCCAGCACCAGCACCGGCACCAACAUCAACACCGGCUACAGCACCAACACCAGCGGGCCUGGGGCCACCGGCGGCUCCGGUAGCACCGGGGUCCCGGGUGGGGGUCCCGGAGUUAGUGGGGGUCUCAGGGGUCCCGAGGCUCCGGGUACCACCGGCGGGACCGGCCUCUACCCCACCGGCGGGACCGGCCUCUACCCCGACACCGGGCUGGGGUGGAUCCAGGCCGGCAGCAGCUGCCUGGUGCUGGGUCAGCGCUCAGUUGCCCGGACAUCGCUGCUGUUCCAGGCGGCGGCAGCAGCGGCCGAGCAGCGGGGCGGGCGGGUGCUAUUCCUGGCCCCUCGGCCCAUCCAGGCGCUGCCUGCCGCGCUGCUGCCACUGGAGCCGCGCUGCCUGCGGCGGGUAGAGCUGGUGUACCCGCACUCAGUGCGGGACGUCCUGCACACCUUGGCCUCUCUGCACCAGAACCCCGGACCCCCACCUUCACUCCUGCUGCUCGACGGUGCCGACGAGAUGCUGGCGGGCGGCGGGCGGGACGUGGCCGGUAAAGCGGCUCUCCUCGCCGCCCUGCUCCGGGACAGCGCCGCUUGGGCGACCCAGGUUCUGGGACCCUCCACACCGUGCCAACUCAUUGUAGCCCUACAGACACAGGCUGAGAGGGAGAGCGCGGCAGACCUGGGUCUUCAGGUGAUGGAACGAUACUUCCCAGUGAGGUGCAGGGUGAACGAGCAGCAAAGUGCAGUGGCCGGUGCUCAGAGCUUCCGCGUUUCGUUCUCUGGACUGGAGAAGAGUGAGGCCGGAGAGACUAACGCCCCUCGUAUCCCGGACAACCAAACCUGGGAACUGCUCUGUGAUGCCGACAAUAUCUCACAGAUCCGUCGUGUAACAGGGGAAGAGAGGGGGGGUGAAGUGGCCCAGGGCACGUGGGGACCGCAGGAAGGAAGAGGUGAAUGAUUUAUGGCCCACGUCAAAGACAAGAACAUUUAGGAAUUGUGUAGAAAAGAACUGCAGAUGCUGGUUUAAACCGAUGAUCAGAAAGAAGGUCCCAAACCGAAACAUUGACCAUACCGUCCACAGACGCUGUCUGUCUGACUCGCUGAGACACUCCAGCACUUUGUGUUCAGCUGCAAACCACAACACAAGAACUUAAUCUUCUGCUCUCUGUCAUUCUCAACUUUAAUUACAGACCUUGAGUUAACAGCUAUUUGUUUUACAAUUACUCUCCCACUGACAACUCUACCACAAGCCCAGUUUGCUAACACAGGCUCUGAAUCCUUACUUUGGAGAUAAUUAAUUUGUUGUGAAGCCCACUGUUGUAUCGUUCCUUUCUAAAACCAAUAUAGAUGGGGCAGGGCUGUGGCUUCCCAGGAAAGGUGAGUGAUCAGUGGUGGAUGGUCUGGUUUGGAAAUGUGAAUGACUAGGAUCAGAUUGGUCAACAUUUAGACCAAAUGGAUACUAGAGACAUAGACAAUAGGUGCAGGAGUAGGUCAUUCAGCCCUUCGAGCCAGCACCGCCAUUCAAUAUGAUCAUGGCUGAUCAUCCAGAAUCAGUACCCCGUUCCUGCUUUCUCCCCAUAUCCCUCGAUUCUGUUAGUCCUUGAUGUAGGAAAUAUUCUGUAAUGCAGGCAGCAUUCUAGUAAAAUGUACGUUAACACAAGCAAGCCGGAGAAGGAACUGUCUACAAUGGAGAAACUGAAUGUAUCAAUGCCACAGGGGAUCUCUACUCUACUG